AUGACGACGAAAGAGAAGAAUAAAUCAUCAAACUCACCGCCUCCGACGUCGUUUUCUUCGUUACCGGACGACAUCGUUCUCAACUGUUUGGCUCGUGUCUCCAGAUUCCAUUAUCCAACUCUAUCCCUAGUCUGCAAGGGUUUCCGAUCACUCCUAGACUCCCGUGAGCUCCACGCAACACGAUCUUGCAUCGGAAAAACCGAGAGUUUCCUCUACGUCUGCUUAGACCUGCAUAGGAAUUGCUAUCCAGACUGUCCUCCACGAUGGUUUAUAGUUUCCCCGAUUACCAAACAGAAACUGAAACCUAUCCCUUCGGUUACUUGUCAAUCCUCAACCGUUGUAUCAAUCGGUUCAAAGAUUUACAUAAUCGGAGGCUUCGUUGAUGGACAUAGUAGCAGGAGAUUGAUAGUACUCGAUUGUCCAUCUCAUGGAUGGCGUAGACUCCCCGAGAUGCGUGUACCUCGACAAAACGCAGCAGCUGAUGUAAUCAACGAUAAGAUCUACGUGAUUGGAGGCUCUAGUUCCAACAAUAUCGAGGAUUGGGGAGAGGUUUAUGACCCAAAGACCCAAACUUGGGAGCCAGUAUUGCCCACAACACUAGAUCUUACUGUUCAAAUGAGUGUGGUUCCAGGUAGCUUGGUAAUGAGUGGGAAAGUUUAUGACAUGAAUGGAUUGAAGCUUAACUUUCAGAAGAAUAUUUGCUUGGUGGAGAUAGAGAACAUGAUGUGCCAAACAAAGGUUUGUGAAGGGGUGUUAGUUUGGUGUGAACCAGAGGAAGAUCGUGGGUGGUGUCCGGUUGAUGGACUUGAAGGACUUCCCAAUAGGCCAACUUCUCCUGGUUAUCUUACCUCGGUGGCACAUUCCGACCGAGGAAGAAGAGUAACAGUUUGGUGGGAGUCGGCUGUGUUACAUCGUCUAGGUCCCAAAUGGACUAAGGAAUGUAAAACAGAGAUUUGGUGUGCAGAGAUUUCGUUUGAGAGACGCGGUGUUGGAAAGGUUUGUGGAUUUGUUGAAUGGUCUAAGAAUGUCUUUACUAAGGAUGACUACAAAACUUAUAAGUUACCUGCUUCUCUUUCUGAUUUCUUCUUGAAUUCUACCAUUGUGACAUAUUGA